GUUGGGAAGAAAAAGUAUCGGAGCACAUAUCGGGUACACGAUAUGGGCAAAAGCGGCGAAAAGAAAUCAAACGGGCGGCAUGUUCAGUAAGAUUUGACGUUCGCGUGUUUCUGGUAAACGAUUUUACCAAUUUACCCUCCGUCUGGUUGUGAUUAUAUAACACGCGCUACCAACUCCUCCCCUCCCAAUCACCUAUCACACAGUACGCGCUCAUCAGCAUCUCGUCCCUUCACUUUCUCUCUCUAAAACCGUCUCUGAAUUUGUUUUCCGAUGUCUGGAAGGGGCCGUGGUGGCGGUGGCCGUGGGCGAGGGCGUGGCGGCGGACAACCGUCGCAAUCGCAUUCUCAAGACGCCGGCGGUAGAGGAAAUGCCGGCCCUCGAGUGCCUCCACAGACGGUUGCUUCCUCUUCGACUGUGACUCAGUUCGGAAACCUUUCUAUAGGUUCAUCGGCGCCGUCUCCUUCAACCGCACCCGCCGCCGCUAGGGCAACUGCUGCUGGUACAGUUCCGCAGCAACCGGUAAUGCAACAAAAUCCGGUUCAAACUACCCCUGCGCCAGUGGUUUCCGCUCAGCAACCGAUUGCGAAAUCAGCACAACCUCCGCAGGCUUCGUCGGUGGCUCCUACUUCAUCGAGAAUCAUUAAGGCACCGCCAAGGACUGGGUACGGAACUCUAGGUCGGAAAUGUGUUAUCCGAGCGAAUCAUUUUCUCGUCGAUCUCGGCGAAAAGGAUCCCUAUCAGUAUGAUGUGACAAUUACUCCGGAGGUUAUUUCAAAGACUAGAAGCCGUGAGAUUUUGAAGCUUCUCAGUGAGUUAUACAAGCAAUCUCAUCUGGGAAACAUGUUAUUAGCCUAUGAUGGGAAGAAGAGUGCAUUUGCUGCUGGACCUCUUCCAUUUGAAUCAAAAGAAUUUGUGGUGAAACUCAAUGAGAGUAAUGGGCGUGAAAAAGAGUUCAAAGUGAACAUCAAGUUUGUUUCCAGAAAGGAUCUGCACCAUUUAAGACAGUUUCUAAGUGGUAGACAGCAUGAUAACCCACAAGAGACCAUUCAAGCUCUUGAUGUUGUUCUAAGGGAGGCAGCAUCAAUAAACGACCGACAAAUCAUUGGUAGAUCUUUAUUUAGUGCUGAAUUUGGGAAAGGUGUGCUUGGUGAUGGGAUUGAGUAUUGGAAAGGAUUUUAUCAGAGUCUGCGCCCUACACAAAUGGGUUUAUCUCUAAAUAUUGACAUGAGUGCUAGAGCAUUCUAUGAAACAAAACUAGUCACUGAGUUUGUUGGGGAGUUUCUUGGGAAAGAUUUAAUGAGACCCCUUUCAGAUCAAGAGCGUAUAAAGGUGAAGAGAGCUUUGAAAGGUGUGAGGGUUGAAGUGAGGCGUGCUGAUUAUAUGAGAAGGUACAAGGUUCAAGCAUUAACAGUCCAGCCAACCAAUCAACUGACUUUCCCUGUUGAUGAUACUGGAAAAACCAUGUCUGUUGUUCAGUACUUCAGAGAGAAGUACAACAUUCAUCUUAGGUAUCCACAUCUUCCUGCAAUCCAAGCUGGUUCUGAUGCAAAACCCACAUAUUUGCCAAUGGAGAUUUGUAGGAUUGCUGGUGGACAGCGAUAUGCUCUGAAGCUUAAUGAGAAGCAAGUGACAAACUUUCUUAGGGCUACAUGCCAGCGUCCACUUGACAGGGAAACUAGCAUCAAGAAUACUAUGGUAAGUAACAAGUACAAUGCCAACCCACUUGUGAGCCAAGCCUUUGGACUGGCUGUUAAAGAGCAGCUGACAAUGAUUGAUGCCCGAGUCCUUCCACCUCCACAUCUCAAGUACCAUGGGACAGGGGCUGGUUCAGAAAUCAAUCCAUCAGUUGGUCAAUGGAACAUGAUGAACCUGAAAAUGAUCAAUGGAGGCACAGUGAAUUACUGGGCGAUUGCCAACUUCUCACGCCACAGGGAAGAUGCUGUUGGACGAUUUAUUCAUGGACUGGUUACCAUGUGUCAGAACAGAGGAAUUGUGUUUAAUCCCCAACCUCUGAUUCCAAUGUACAACUCUGCUCCAAACUACAUUGAAAAAGCAUUGGUUGAAAUUCACACCCAGUGUACAGCCCAACUUCAAAAGGUUGCACCUGGCAACUCACUUCAACUGUUGUUUGUGAUUCUUCCAGAUGCAAAAGGAACUUAUCCAAGAAUCAAACGGGUAUGUGAGACAGAGUUGGGAAUCAUUUCCCAAUGCUGCCAGCCAAAAAAUGUGAUGAAGCUUAGCAAUCAGUACUUUGAAAAUGUGGCAAUGAAGAUCAAUGUUAAGGUUGGUGGAAGAAACUCAGUCUUGGCUGCAGCUCUUGCUAAUAGACUUCCCUACAUCACGGAACGCCCAACAAUAAUUUUUGGAGCUGAUGUAACUCAUCCUUCACCUGGAGAGGAUUCAAGCCCUUCCAUUGCUGCGGUGGUUGCUUCAAUGGAUUGGCCUCAAGUGACAAAGUAUAAAGCCCUAGUAUCCGCACAGCCCCACAGACAAGAGAUCAUUGAGGAUCUAUACUCAACCACGACUGAUGCAAGAAGGGGAGUGAUCCAUACUGGCUUAAUCAGAGAGCUUUUGAUUUCCUUUAAAAAAUCAACUGGUCAUAAACCACAUAGGAUCAUUUUCUACAGGGAUGGUGUGAGUGAGGGGCAGUUUAACGAAGUCUUGAUGAGUGAAAUGGAUAAAAUCCGAAAGGCUUGUAUGUCAUUGGAGGAGGGGUAUAUGCCACCUGUAACAUUCAUUGUUGUGCAAAAGAGGCAUCACACACGUUUCUUUCCUAUGAAGCAUGGAGAUAAAGCUAGCACUGACAGGAGUGGCAACAUUCUUCCAGGGACUGUGGUUGACACCAAGAUUUGCCACCCAACGGAGGUUGAUUUCUACCUGUGUAGUCAUGCUGGUAUUCAGGGAACAAGCAGGCCAACACAUUACCAUGUGCUGUAUGAUGAGAAUAAGUUCACUCCCGAUGGUCUCCAAAAUCUAACAAAUUGUCUGUGCUACACUUAUCAAAGGUGUACAAGAUCUGUGUCCAUAGUUCCUCCUGCUUACUAUGCGCAUUUGGCUGCAUUUCGUGCCCGGUAUUACAUGGAGGGGGCUGAAUUGUCUGACAGUGGUUCUUCACAUGGAGGGGGAGCUGGGGGGCGUGCAACAAGAGACCGGGUUGCUGAGGUGCGUCCUGUCCCUGUGAUUCAUGAGAAUGUCAAGAGCGUCAUGUUCUACUGUUAGCUCUUUGUUUUGGGCAUAAUGGUAGUAAAGUAAAGUAGCAUCUGUUUUUGGGUAAAUGAGACCAGACAAUAUAUAUAUAUAUAUAUAUGGUAGUAAAGUAAAGUAAGUAGUUUU